AUGCGGAUUCUCGCGGGUCCGGGCUGGAGGCGCGGACGCGCGCUCGCGGCUUGUGUCACCCGGGCUGCGUGCCGGGGGCUGCCCUGGCCUCCGGGCGCGCGCACCGGCGGGGCUGCUGGCGGCUGCCGGGCUCUGGACAGGCUCUACGGCUCCGCAGAGCGCAAGGAAAAAGUCGACAUGUCUGUAUUUCCUGUUGAAAAUAUUAGAAAUUUCAGCAUCAUUGCACAUGUGGAUCAUGGCAAAAGUACUUUAGCUGACCGGCUCCUGGAAGUAACAGGGACAAUUGAUAAAACAAAGAAUAAUAAGCAAGUUCUUGAUAAAUUGCAAGUAGAACGAGAAAGAGGAAUCACUGUUAAAGCACAGACAGCAUCUCUCUUCUAUAAUUGUGAAGGAAAGCAGUACCUUUUAAAUCUCAUUGAUACACCGGGCCAUGUCGAUUUUAGUUAUGAAGUAUCCAGGUCACUGUCUGCUUGCCAGGGUGUUUUACUUGUGGUUGAUGCAAAUGAGGGUAUUCAAGCCCAGACUGUAGCAAACUUCUUUCUUGCCUUUGAGGCACAGCUCUCCAUAAUUCCAGUUAUAAACAAGAUAGAUCUGAAGAAUGCUGAUCCUGAAAGGGUUGAAAAACAAAUCGAAAAAGUCUUUGAUAUUCCAAGUGAUGAAUGUAUUAAGAUUUCUGCCAAACUUGGAACAAAUGUUGAAAGUGUUCUUCGGGCAGUCAUUGAAAGAAUACCCCCUCCUAAAGUACAUCGGAAAAAUCCCCUGAGGGCUUUGGUGUUUGACUCCACCUUUGACCAGUAUAGGGGUGUGAUAGCCAAUGUAGCAUUAUUUGAUGGAGUGGUUUCAAAAGGAGAUAAAAUUGUAUCUGCACAUACUCAAAAGACAUAUGAAGUUAAUGAAAUAGGAAUUCUGAAUCCUAAUGAGCAGCCAACUCAUAAACUAUAUGCAGGACAGGUGGGCUAUCUGAUUGCUGGGAUGAAAGAUGUCACUGAAGCACAAAUAGGAGAUACAUUAUAUUUACAUAAACAACCAGUGGAGCCCUUGCCUGGGUUUAAAUCAGCGAAACCAAUGGUAUUUGCAGGAAUGUACCCUAUAGAUCAGUCUGAAUAUAAUAACCUGAAGAGUGCUAUAGAAAAACUGACUUUAAAUGAUUCCAGUGUGACAGUUCAUCGGGACAGUAGCCUUGCUCUAGGUGCCGGCUGGAGAUUGGGAUUUCUUGGACUUUUGCAUAUGGAAGUUUUCAACCAGCGACUAGAGCAAGAAUAUAAUGCUUCUGUUAUUUUGACAACUCCUACUGUUCCAUAUAAAGCUGUUCUUUCAUCAGCAAAAUUGAUAAAGGAAUACAGAGAAAAGGAGAUCACAAUCAUCAAUCCUGCACAGUUCCCUGAUAAAUCAAAAGUAACAGAAUAUUUGGAGCCAGUUAUUUUGGGCACCAUUAUAACACCAGAUGAAUAUACUGGAAAAAUCAUGAUGCUUUGCCAGGCUCGAAGAGCAGUUCAGAAGAAUAUGGUAUUUAUAGAUCAAAACAGAGUUAUGCUUAAAUAUCUCUUACCUUUGAAUGAAAUUGUGGUGGAUUUUUAUGAUUCUUUGAAGUCCCUGUCUUCUGGAUAUGCUAGUUUUGAUUAUGAAGAUGCAGGCUACCAGACUGCGGAACUUGUAAAAAUGGAUAUUCUGCUGAAUGGAAAUGUUGUAGAGGAGCUGGUAACUGUGGUACACAAAGACAAAGCACACACUGUUGGCAAAGCCAUAUGUGAACGUCUGAAGGAUUCUCUUCCCAGGCAGCUGUUUGAGAUAGCAAUUCAGGCUGCUGUUGGAAGUAAAAUCAUUGCCAGAGAAACUGUGAAAGCCUAUAGGAAGAAUGUCUUGGCAAAAUGUUAUGGUGGUGAUAUUACCCGAAAAAUGAAGCUUUUGAAGAGACAAGCAGAAGGAAAGAAAAAACUGAGGAAGAUUGGCAACAUUGAAGUUCCAAAAGAUGCUUUUAUAAAAGUUCUGAAGGCACAAUCUGAUAAAUAAUUGGUGCGAAAUAUAAGGAAUUUUUGUGAAUUAAAA